AUGGGUGACCAGCAGCUCUACUGGAGUCACUCUCGCAAAAUCGGCCAGGGGUCUUGGUCGUACCGUUCAAACCGGCGUGGCCUGAUCUGCAAGUACGGCCUGAACAUGUGCCACCUGUGUUUCUGGCGGUAUGUGAAACUCAUCGGUUUCAUCAAGUUGAAUUGA